AUGCAUCCUGCAAACCAAUCCAUCGAAGAGACAGUGCAGGAGCUGAAAAAAACCAAAGAUUUGGGUAGCUUUAUAAAAGGUGCGUGGGCAGGUUUUAUGCGGGAACUUGGAAUCGAGACUUCGUUCGCUAACACCCGCAUUCUUACAGCUAAUGAUCCAGCAAUUCAAGGGCUUUCACACCCGUCUGAGAGAGUGGAUGUUCGAGAUGGCAUGAUCAUUCAUACAGAUGUUAUCAUUCCAACUCGAGAUGGGACCAAGCUGCGGGGAAACAUCUAUCGCCCAGAGACACAUAACGAUCAGAAGCUUCCGGUUUUACUCAACUACAGCGUCUACGGCAAAGAUAUGGCUCUAGAGCCCUGUAUGUUCCCCAAAAGUAGCGGACUAGACAACAGUCACUAUACGCCAUACUACCAAUUUGAAGCUUGUGAUACACCUUGGUGGACCCAAAGGGGAUACAUUGUUGCCUACGUGGAUGCACGUGGUUCUUUUCAGUCAGAAGGCGACAAGAGCUAUUACUCUCGCGAUGUUGCUCUUGAUGGUUAUGAUAUCAUCGAAUGGCUUGCUGUUCAGGAAUGGGCAAGUGGUAAGGUCGGAAUGUACGGUGCCAGUGCAUUUGCCAUGCUGCAGUGGCAGGUCGCAGCAGAAAAUCCCCCAUCGCUUGCGGCAAUCUUACCUUUUGAUGGAAUGACGGAUCUAUACCGAGAGAUGGCCCGCAAGGGCGGUAUUCCAGAGACUCAGUUCAUGGCUGUGUACCCACACCUUUAUAACUGGGGUAGGGGUCUUGUGGAGGACUCUGGAAAUGCUCAUUUCCAGCAUCCUUUCUUUGAUGAUUAUUGGCGCAGCAAGAUUCCGCGCCUUGAUCAAAUCAAGUGUCCGGCUUACGUUGUAUCUUGCUGGGGAGAUCAAGGAAUCCACACUCGCGGCACACUGAAUGGGUGGAAACAGAUCGGUUCAACAACAAAGUAUCUAGAGAUUCAUCCUUAUCAAAAGUGGGAAUUUGCUCUCACCGAAGAAUCUCUUACCCGGCAAAAGGCCUUCUAUGACACAUUCUUGCAUGGGAAGGAAACCGAGGUCAAAUUUUGGCCUCCUGUCAGAUGGGCUAUGCGUGAAAGCUUCUAUAACUCGGAGUGGCGCUAUGCUACCACAUUCCCCUUUCCGCAAACUGAGUAUGUAAAGCUCUACCCUACACCCGCCGGUGGUCUAUCGCAAGUCGCCCAGCCUACAGAGCAGAACGUUUCGUACGACGCUCAAACAGGUGAAGUCACUUUUGAGGUUCCUUUCACCGAGUCCUAUGAGUUCGCUGGCCACGCAAAACUGCGACUCUGGGUUGAAGCACGCGGAGCUGAUAACAUGGAUCUUUUCAUUGUUCUGAAGAAGAAAGAUGCUUCAGGCAAUGAGGUCCACUUUCCAUGGCUUACUAUCAUUGACAAUGGUCCAAUUGCUUUCGGCCAUCUUCGAGUUUCCAGACGGGAGCUGGACGAAUCUAAAUCAACGGAAUUUCAGCCCUAUCACAGCCAUCAGAAGGAUCUCCUCCUUGAACCUGGCCAGGUGGUCCCCGUCGAUAUAGAGAUUCUGCCCUCCUCAUGCCGAUUCCGUCCAGGAGAUACUUUGCAAGUGAGCAUUUCCGGACAUGAUUAUGGGAAAUACCCUCCCAUGAUUCCUGUGGCCCGUCAUACAAAGACUGUGAAUAAAGGAGCUCAUGUGAUUCACUUUGGCGGAAAGCAUGAAAGCUUUUUGCAACUACCUGGUAUUCCUCCUGGGGCAGGAUCCUCAUUAUGCCAUGGGAAAACCAUUAAGAUGGCUCUACUCGCCAAUCGUGUCAAAGGAUGGAAUGACGAGAAGUUCCUUGAGGAGUAUCUUCAAACUCAUGCCGGCAUGACAGCACAGGUAUCUAACAUGGUUCCCUUCCUGAGAGCCUAUACACAAGUCGCGGGGGUUCCAAAAGCCUCUGUGGAGACCUUCUCCACUGAUCAGUCCCGCUUCGAAAUUGCGAGCAUUCUGGGGUGGUCUUCCCUGGCAAAACUGGGAAGUUCCUUCAAGCACCCAGGUUACAGAGCGAGUGCCGGACAGCAUGAAUUCGCUGAUCCUGAGCUCGCCGGAUCACUCAGUCAGGCCUUUGAAGAUAUAAUGUUCGAUCCGGUCCUCUUCAAGGAUCGUCAGGAUUCGUUCAAGGUCGUCGUCUUCUUGGCCAAGGCUUCCGAGAAAAAUGUCUCUGAUUAUGAUCUCCAGAGCAGGAGUGACGCAUUGAAGGAGUUGGGUUCAGGAACGGGAUUGAUUCGCUAUGUUUUGAAUCGCGAUGUCACCCCAUCGAACCCAAGAGAAUUCUUCAAAGAUACUCAGUUCGAGAAUGGAGACUGGGGUAACGUGGGCGCUAUGGAGCAGUACUGGUUCCGCGACGAGCAGUCGGCCGUUGAAUUCUUUGCAAACUCAACUCGUGUGCAAGCUCUUCAAAGCUUGCCCUCAUCAUUCGACCCCCAGCGCACAAUCAGUGUCACAGGAAGGGAAGUUAGUGUUGUUGCAAAAGACCUAAAUUUUUAA